GUAAUUUCCGUAAAUAAGAAAGAUGGGUCAUCUUUGUUUACGUUUGUGAAUGAAUUUAUUUAUCAUUUAGAUUGAAAUAACAAUGCCUUGGACUUUUCCGUGGUCAGAUUAUGUGAAGAAAAGGGCAUGCAGAUACCUUUUACAACACUAUCUUGGACAGUUUCUGAAAGAGAAGCUGACUCUCGAUCAGCUGAGCGUCAAUCUUUCCAGUGGCAAAGGAAACAUCACCCAACUCGAUUUAAAUGUUGAGUCUUUGAAUGAAGCUUUAGAAAGUAGCAAUAUACCAUUAGAAGUUGUAGACGGUUUUAUACAUGAGAUAUCUGUCUCUGUGCCAUGGACUUGUCUGAUACAAAAAAGUACAGAACUGGAAAUAACUGGUUUGGAGAUUACAUUGCAACCCAAACAAAGAAAUCAACAUGCUGGAGGUUUAGAGUCUAUGUUAAGCAGUACAAUGAGUAUGACUUCCAGUUUGAAAAUAGCUGAAGAUUGUUUAAAGCGUACCACUUCAGAAGAAAGUCUCACAGAAGACACAUCACAGCCAUACGAAGGAGUUCAGAUAUUUGCACAAACCAUUGAUUCAGUUUUAAGUAGAGUUAAGGUUACACUGAAUGAUACAGUUAUUAGACUGGAGCAUCUACCAAUGCAAGCUGAAACUGGAGUAGCACUGGAGAUACGAAUAAAAAGGAUAGAAUAUUUUGAUGAUUUAGCAUUAGAUGAAGGCAGUUCCGUUGAUGAUAUGCACAAGUGGGAACCGUCAGCCAUAUCCCACAAGAAUAUAAGUAUGGAAGGUAUACAGAUAUUCUGUGAUGAAUUUACACGUCUUUCUCGGCAGUUUAGUUCACCAGACAUUGGCUCAGAUCCUUCAUCACCUGUGUCGCCAUCAGUGUUUCACUCCACUAGUAGUACAUUGUCAUCUGUACCACCAUUUAGCCAAUCAGAACAAAGCUCAUCACUACCUAGUCCAGAUUCUGAUCCAAUACAAGUGGCUGUUAUGACAGGAAAAAAUACAUUGAAACUGAAAGUAAAACUUGGUGAAGGUUUAGGAAUACAGGGGCCUAAGGUUGAAAUGGAAUGUGAGCUUGGUGCUGUACAUAUCCUUUUGUGUCCAAAACAGUUCCAUGCUUUAUGGGCAUUAGCAGACGGACUGUCAUCUCCAGCUACAAGUGACAGAAAGAUGAAGCGAAAUAGAAGUAAGAGUAAACCCAUGAGUCCAGAUGACUACCGAAAGAUUGAGGAAGAUCUUCAGCGACAACUACAGUCUGGUAGAAUACAUCAACAAAGACAGGAAAUCUCACACUUCACAGCCAUGCAUGAUAUCAUGACUGGAUCUUUUGGUGGUGAGGACCAGUUUUAUGCUGUAGGCCAACAUAAAGACAUGGAGUCUUCCUUUACAAGCCAAACUUCAUACAGUACUGUCUCAACUGUACAAUCUGGUAGAACAGAACACAGGAAGCCUAAGGAUCCAAUGAAGAAAAUUUUAGAUGAUCCUUCAGCAGAGUUUUCCCAUUACAGACUGAGACUAGCAUUCUUCUCUGUGGCACUUUUACAUGACAAUCCCUGUUCUAAAGUAGAGCAUGGCCAGACACGAACACAAGAAAAUAACAUUAAAGAUCUGUCUAUGUCCUACUUCCAAAAGGUGUUUACUAUUGCAACAGCUGCUAGAGGGGACAUGAAAAGUUUGAGAAAAAGUUUUGUGGAAGUGUUGAAGUAUGAUCAUAUUAGGUUACUUGGCAAACCUUUGACUGUUGACUGUACAGAGAAGACUAUUCCUACACAUCAUACAAUGACUGUGGAUGUGACUGUUGGUAUGUUUGAGAUGGUAGAAUGUCUGUUUGACAGAAGAGAUAAAACUGUCAUGCCAACUUACACAGAGUUACUUGUGUUCAAUAAAGAUGCUGAACAACACGCCACACACAUGUACAGUAGUAUGCACGGUAGUGCUCCAUGUAUUAAAGCCACCAUAACCUACAUAGAACAAACAAAGGGAUCAAGAAAAAUCAGCCCAAGAACAGAUGUCAAUGUUACCAUUGGUGCAUGUGAGUCGGAAAUUGAUGUCACUAUCAUUGACAGAGUUAAUAGUCUGCUGUCACCACCACCAAGGUCAAGGUCAUGCAGUCAUACAGGAAAUAUACCUAUGUAUACAGGGGUCCCAGACACGUUCAGUCAGACCUUAGAAGAUGGUGCUAAUUCAUCAGAAAUGACAACAGAUAUAAAAGUGAAUAGUUCUAAUGUUAAACUCUAUAUCAGGUUUCCAAUUCCUGAUUUAAGACCACAAUCACAGGUCGACAGGUUUCCAUGGUGGAAAAAAAAUCUACGAGAAGAAAUGGUGAUAUUAAAACUGAAUGAUUUUAGAUUUAUAACGUCCAUAAAAUCCCAACAGUCAGUGUUACAGAUGGACGUAAUUUGUAAAGAAGUUCAUGGUUCUUUUCUACUGGAUCCUAACCAUGAACCAGAACCAUUUGCCUAUGCCUGUGGGGACAAUGACAAUGAAGAUGGAUUUAAUUCACCUCAAAUAAGUUUAAAACUAUCAAAACAGAUCAUAUCCUUACUGGAUGAACAAGGAAUGAACUCUGACAAUAAUACCCCUCUUGAUUCUCUGAAUGGGGCGUGUCAGUUUGACAAAGUGGAUCCAUCACCAUUCUCCAACAAGAAAUCCAUGUAUGGUAAAGAUGAGGAUGGAAGUAAAGAAGACACCCACAAACAUGUCAGUGAAGAGAUGGUCAUACCAGGGGACAGAGAUGAGAUGAUGGAAUUCCAGGAUACCUGUUUAAACAAUACAGAAAUAACAUUAGAGAUUUAUUUACCAAUGGCUAACUGUUACCUACCUAGUAAAAACUUCUAUGAAGUUCUAUAUAACAGAUUUAAUAAUGACUUGUUACUAUGGGAACCAGUCGCACCAUCACCUUUACCUACUCAGGACCAAGCUUCAGGAUCUAUUCAGCCAUUUGAUCUAAGUUGUUAUCCUCAAGUUCUGCAAGAUAAUUUUGAGUUAGCAAAAUCUGCUAUUCAGUAUGAAUCAUCAGAUGAAGAAGAAGAUUAUAGUUACAAUUAUUACAGUAUCCACGACAGCAAGUACCCAAGGAAGUCAAAUACAAACAGUAAUCAGCCAUGUAAAAUGUGUCUGCUUCUCAGGAUUGAUAAGGGGAAAUUAACAACAUCAUUAAAUUCAAAGGCAGAAGACACUAAAGGUGCAGCAGUUGCAGUGUUACAGAAUGCAAACUUGUUUACAGUGUCACACUUCAAAGGAGAUCCAAGUCUACAAUAUAUAUGUUUCAUUAGCAACCAGGUGGAACUAUAUCACUCAGGUACUUUAUCACCAUCUGAAGAUUUUUCCUUAGUACCAACUUGUGAGAACGUUAGUUAUAUCCCAGCGUGUUUAAAGAAAUGUAGGAAAAUCUACCCCACAGAAACAGGGGUUAACAAUAAAUUAGAUCUUAGUAAUGAAGACAUGCUCUCUGUAGCUGUUAGAAUCAAGAAAGAUACCACUGCUAUUAAUGAUCUGACUAAAGACGAAAAAGUAAAGGAAUUUUUGGUAUCAUUGGGUGUUCAUGGAGCCACAUUGCGCCAUAAAAUAGUAGAAUCUGGUUGCAGUUGGAUAUCACAGCUGUUAGAUCUGUUAGAUGCCAAGGAUUAUGAAGUAUUAGGUUAUAUAGCCCCUAAAGUAUUGACAGAAUUACAUGUACAUUUAUGGAAAUGUUCAGUAGAUUAUAGACCAUUACAGAACCCAACAAAAGCCCUGUUAAAGGCUGAAUCCUUCAGUAUAUCAAGUAAUAUUGUAGCUGAAUCUUCUACCUCAUUAUUAAGGUUCGUGUUAGAUGAUGCUUCCUUAUUUUUAUCACAGUCAUCAAAACCAGGAAUAAAUUUACAGAGAGAUUAUGUGUGUGUGGCAGACGUAGAAAGAUUUGAACUUGCACUAAGGAUGAACGAUGGCAAAGAUCAAAGAUUUCCAAAGACAGAUUUCAAAGUUUCAACAAAUCGUUUAAAUAUAAGGACGUGUUCAGAUUCCUGUAAAGCAUUGAUGGAUCUGAUACGAUACUUUGCUACAGAUGGGGAUUUAGAUGUAGAAGAAGCAGACGAUUUAAAUUCUACUGGUACCUCUGAUGAUAUUAUCUCUACUGAUGAUAGCCAACAAACCAUAGAUGAUGACAGUGAGGAUGAAAAAUGUGGUCUGUCUGAAUCCCGUUUAGAACAAUUACAUACAUUGGUCGAGGAUGCCAUGCAGGAAUCAGGUGUAAUAACCAGCCCAGAUGGACAAGAGUCAUCUGCUCAUAGAACAGAAGUGUUUUUCACCACAGAAGGAGGUAUGAGUGAGGUGCCCCAUGCAGGGAUGAUGAGACCAAUAGUGAUAUCAGCAAGUGCUGAUUCUGUAGCUAGCACAUAUAGUGGGGUGUCAGAGAAUUUCAGUGAUGAUGAAGAUUUCUGUAUAAUUGAUGAUCCAGGCAUAGGUAUUGCUCCAAAAGAUGGUGAGCCAUGUGUAAGAGUUUUCACAACAGAUCCUAUAGAAAUAAAGGACAAUCACUUCAGUCAACCUACAGGUAAAACAGACCUACUGAAGGCCCCUGAUCACUAUCCUACGGCAGAAUACAGAUAUACACUGAAGGAGCUGACUGUCGUCUGGUAUAUGUACGGUGGUAGAGACUUCAGUGAUGCUCCUAAAUCUUCAUCUUUUGAUAAAGAUACUACCAUGUCUUUCAAACCUGAGAAGAGUGAUAGCAAACACCAGAUAAGAAUGGGAUAUCGACCAAAGCUGCCUGGUUCAGACAGACUCUCAGCAAAAGUGAGAGGUGGUCCAGGCAGAGAUCAUGAUGUUCUUAUGGAAUUACAGCUCACCAAGAUCCGAAUGCAGCAUGAGACCUACCCAAGUCAUACAGAACAAGCCUCUAGACAGAUCUUAGUAAUCAGUGAUGUAGAGAUCAGAGACAGACUAUCUGUGUCUGGUAUAAACAAACUGCUGUAUCAGUAUUCAUCUGAAACUCUUCCUAAACAAACCAAUUCAAGUAUGGUGUUAGUAAAAGCCGUCCAUGUUAGACCAGAACCGCCAAACAACUCACAAGAAUGUUCAUUACGAAUAUCUGUUCAGCCAUUAAGACUUAAUGUAGAUCAGGAUUCGUUAUUUUUCAUGAGAGACUUUUUCACUGAAAUAAGUGGAGGUACUGUAGAACAAACUGUACCGCCAGAGAAAGAAACAGAAUCAAAACCAAGGUCAAGGACAUCCUCUGGACCUAAUGCUCCGUCACCACCACAACCAGUUAUGACUGUUGGUCUUCCUGAAGCAUUGGAGGAAGACACUGAUCCACAAGAACUAUUAAUGAUGUUUGAUGAAGUUCAGGAUUUACAGAUGAACACAUCUAGAUCUAGUGAUGGGGAACAUACACCUCGACCUUGUUCCUCUGAGCCAUCUAUAGAACCUUCUAGUCAGCCCAUAUUUAUAAAGUCUUUCAUAUUUUCUCCUGAUGUGCCAAUACGACUUGAUUACCAUGGUAAAAAGCGUGUUCUAUCAGAACAUGGAACUUUAGUUGGAUUACUAUCAGGCCUUGCCCAGUUGAAUUGUUCCGAGUUACAACUAAAGAGAUUGACUUACAGACAUGGAUUACUAGGGUUAGAUAAACUGGUAGCCUACUGUAUAAAUGAAUGGUUAACAGAUAUAAAAAAGAACCAGUUAGCAGGUGUCCUAGGUGGUGUUGGACCAAUGCACUCAUUUGUACAGCUAGCACAAGGUGUAAAAGAUUUGUUCUGGUUACCAGUAGAACAGUACAGAAAAGAUGGUCGCAUUGUAAGAGGAUUACAAAGAGGAGCAAGUUCCUUUUCUACUUCCACAGCUAUGGCAUUCCUAGAACUGACCAAUCGUGUUGUUCAGUCUGUUCAGUAUGUAGCUGAGCUAACCUAUGAUAUGGUGUCACCAGGUCCAAGUGUAAGAAUUCAAGGUCACAGAAGACGUAAGAAGUAUGGAAGGAAAGGUCAACCAUCAGAUCUGAGAGAAGGAUUGUCUAAUGCAUAUGUUGUGUUAAGAGAGGGACUCUCUGAACAAGCACAGAACUUUAUGGAGAGUGCUAACACAGAACAUGAACAAAAAGGUGUGACAGGAGUUGUAGGCGGAGUCAUGAGACAGAUCCCAUCAGCAGUUAUCUCCCCAUUAAUUAUUGGACCUGAUGCCCUGUCUAAUGUUUUGGGAGGUGCUAGAAACCAGUUGAGACCAGAUGCUAAGAAAGAAGAAGAGGAGAAAUGGAAGCUUGAACCAUCAUAGUGAUUGGUUAACAAUGUGUUUGACCGGUGAUCAGGUUGUUUGUGUUCAAAUGAAAAAUUGAACCAAAUUAAGUCUUUCAGUCCUUACCAUGUGAUGUGAUAUUGGAAUGAUUAGUCUUGACUAAUAUAAGUUGAAAAAGAAAUUGUCAAUAUGAUUAAAUUAUAGAUCAUAUGUCCAAGAUUUGCUUACAAAAAUGUGACAACACCCCAUUUUACUUUCUAUUAUGGCUAUACUUAAAUCAGCCAAUGAAAUUUCAGCCUUCAAGUAUUUGAAGGUUUUUUAUUAAUUGGACAAAAUGAGAGGAUCUUUUAAAAGAGAAAGUAAAACAGUGCAUUUUCAGAUCCUUAUAAGCAAAUCUUAGACACAUAAUCUGUAAUUUAAUCAGAUUUUAAAAUUGUUACACAUAAAAUGUAUAAAUAUGUUAGUGUAAAAGGCAUUUGUUUGCUUCAUCUAGUCUGCUCUUAAAGAUACUGGUAUAGUUACUUUAUAUUUUGUUAUUUUCUUUCAUUUAAAUUAAAAGUUUCGUUUUAGAUAUAAAUGUGAAUUACAAUAAAUAUUCUAACUAUGUUAGUGAUGUUAAGUUUAUAUUAUACUAAGUCUACAGUUAAACUUGAUACUGUGAGAAAUCUUUCAAGGAAUAUAUCUUUUGCGAAGGUCAGAGAAGAAUCUUUACAAACAGAACCUUCAUUAUGAGGACAGUUUUGUAUAAACAAUGACCUUUUAAUAUACCAGGAGAGUUGACUUGUUUGUUUCCUUGGUGAACAAAUUACCCAUUACACCUAUUGAAUAUUUUAAUAUGUAAUGUAAUGAAUAAAGAUCUAUUAAAAUUGUGAAUGUUAGUGUGAAACAUGUUUGUUUCAUUCAUCUAGUCUGCUUUUAAGGAUACUGGUAUACUUGCUAAAUAUGUUACUGAUUUUGUUAUUUGCUCUCUGUUAAUUUGAAAGUGUUUUGUUUUUAUUGUAAAUAAAAAAAAUAUUCAGUCAGUCGCGGCACCAGAAAUUUUCAUCAGUCUGGGGCCCCCUCCAAAUCGGCCUCUGAUUAUCACUGUGUUGGUUAUGUUUAGAUAUAGAGAAUUAAUAAUAAUAUGUAUCAUAAUCAGAAUACAGUUAACAUUAAAAAAAUAUAGCAAAAGCUUGAUUUAUAACUUUGAUAGUUGACCCUAAUACAAUAUAAUUGAAUUGUUCUGUUUUAACCUUUAUUGUUACAAAAUGUAUGCUUGAUAUGGCAGUUGUGAAAAAAAACCACCUGAAGUAAAGAAAUUAAAAAAAUAAAAAACUAAUAAAAUGUUUACAAAAAUAUUUUAAUUUAUAUCUUAUACCCUUUGCUUAUUAAAAAUAGGGUUUAUUGAAGUGUUUGAUGUGUCUGUUCUUUUAUUCAUCUGUAUGUAAAUUCUUUCACAUUUUUUUCUGAAACUCCUCUCCAAUCAAUAACAAGAUUACAAUGAAAAAAUUAUGUAAAUCAUUAGUGGAUGUUGUCAUUGUCCACUUUCAAUUUUAUUAUUUAAACCACUUAUUGAAUUUAUUGAAAAUUUCAAAGAUUUCCAUUCAUCUUUUAAUGUCAUAAUGUACAUUUUAUGUAUUUUUUUCGAAGGGUCGGACUAUAAUGGUUCCCUGUAGAAAAAUAUGGUCUCUAUCUGGAAAUAUAUGGUUUAUUUAUUAGAUGAAAUUGUCUUUUAACAGGUUUUCAGAAACUGCAAGUACUUACAUGGGUUCUUGUGUCUUUUGUCUUUUUGUUAGUUUUGUAUUCUAUGUGCUGAUCUGAUGGGUUAAACCCUUUUCAAAUGAUUUUGUUUGUUCCUGAGUAGUGCUGUUGCACCACUGUCUAAAGGUAUGUGAGUUAAGGCCACAAAAUUCUUGAUAUGCCUGUUCUAAAUUAGGAGCCUGUUAUUCAUUUGAUGCUGUUGGUUGCUGCCUGAUAUAUUUUUAGCAACUAAUCAGAUGGUUUGCUCCCUCUUGAAUUAUUUCAUUCUGAGGUGGUUGUUUUUUUAAGUUUAACAAAUAGUAUUGGUUUGACUAAUUAUUGAAGGCUAUAGUGUUACCUUUAGUGGUUUCAUCCUUGAUUAUUGGUGUAUGGUGGCUCAAUUUGCGCCACAAAUUUUAUUUUUGGUUAUAUCUCCAAAAAGGGGUAGGCAUCGUUUACCAAUACCAUUCAUUAGAAUUUAGAACCAUUAAUAAAUACUUCAGUAACACUUUAACAUAUUCUGUCUUACAUUUUGAAAUUGCGCACCUCCUAUUUUUGUUAUUAAAUGGGUAAUUUUCAAGGUUUUUCUUUGUCAAACAUGGAUACAAACAAAGGAGCAAGGCAUUGAAAUUUUAGCUCUCCUCAAAGUAUUUCUAGAUUAAAAUGAAUUGUGAGCGCUGCAAGUUUGUGACAACUUUGGUUGUGUAGUUGCAUUUGAUGAUUGUAUCUAGCAUAUCUAUAUAAGAUUGUAAAUAGUUUUAGUGUUUUUAUUUAUUUGUUUUUGCCUCAAUAUCAUUUUUGUUGCAAUGAAUUGUAAUUAGUAUGUAAUACCCUAAUAUUAAGCAGGGCUUUCAGUUUCAAGUCUGUUAUUAAAGUGAUAAGACCUUUUUUUUUUUUUUAUUUAGGGUAGAGAUUCUAAUUAUUGUUUUAGAAGUGAAGUUGCAUGACUUUAUAUUGUCAUGAGAAAUCUAAUGCAGUGUCUACACAGGUUCCUGAAAUCCUUUAAAAAUCCACUUCAUCUAUGAAAGCAGUCUUUCCCAGACUGCUAACAAACACUUUGAAUUUGUAUUGCUACCUGUUUUUGAUUUGAACAAUUUAAGUUUUUAAACGUAACUCAUAUUUAAGUGUUGUAUUAGUGAUUGAUUGUAGGUGCUAUUACUGCUUUUCACUUGUACUCUGGAACAUUUACAUCUUAUACAUGUGUAUUUGAUGUAUUUAGUGCUUUGAGAAUGUCUGAAGUAUUUCAUAUAAAGAUUGGAAUAAUUUGUUUCAUUUCUCAUGGCUCAGAGGGCAGGGUUAGCAAUUGCAAUCACUAUAAUUUGUUAUCUGCUCUUCAAAAAUUACAUUCAAAACUUUAGGUCAAUUUCGACUAAGUUGUUUAACCCACCCCAAUACAAUAUUCUACACAACAAUCUCUUUAUAAGACUCUUGAUUCAGUAUUGUCUAUUACAAAGGUCACAAAAAUCAUUAACACUUCUCAUAUCCCUCCACUAAAAAUAUGGUUUUGGGUUCAGACUUUUCCAUUUACCAAAUUCAUGCUACACUGUUUAGAUAAUAGUAUUUUAAGGGAUCAAAUAAGAAACACCAAUACUACAGGAUUUAGUAUGUGCUAUUGGUCAAUUCUUCCCUUUAGUAUAAUACAAUAGGGCUCUCAAAAGAAAUAAAAGUUAAAAUAAAUGAGGUGCCAGAUGGAUAAACCUCAAAAGUAUACCCUCUAUAACUAUGUUUCAUGGGUAAGAAUAAUUUCCCUUUGUAGAUUUAUAAUAUUUGCAACAGACUGUUUAUAUAUAUGUACUACUCAUUAUAGUUCACAUUGUUAUUGUUUUUCUUGAUUUUUUUUUUAUUAUGAGUUAUAAGGAUACAUGUUUUUAUAUAGUAGAAAUUACCAAGUGUUUACUGGUUAUUUUUAAAUGAUCCCAAUAUUUGUGAAUCUUCAGAAGGAUGUUUGAAUGGAGAUGCAUAAUAAAAGGAGUAUAAUAAAAUGACUAUCAUAAAUUGUA